UUUACGAUUUGACGACAUUGUGUAACUCUUAUAACAUAGUGUUAAGUGAUUUAAUACCUGCAAAAAUGUAGAUUUAAUAGAUGUUCUUCGUUAACAAUGUGUGUUGAAAUAUUUGUAUGUCAACUACAAUAUUAAUCAACUAUGUAGGUAUUUGCGUUGCGCGUAUUUAAGUUUAACGAUUCGUUCUUGUGCAAUAAUGUCACGCAUGAGAAAAGUAGACUGACAAUGAUUGAAGAACACGAGGCCAACCACAGAGACUUUGUGAACAAAAAAACAAUAGACGAAAAGAAAUGGCAGACAAAGGAGGUUACGGAGCAGCACCCCCGGGCCAGUAUCCCCCCGCCCCAAGGUCAAUACCCACCACCUCAGGGCUAUCCUCCGCCGAACGCCGGGAAUGCCCCACCCCCUCAGCAGCAACUCAUGGGUCAACAGUCUAGCAGUGUUGUUGUAGUACAGGGGGGUGGCGUGUAGUGGGCACUGGGAACUGUCCAGCAUG